AUGUCCUCCCCAAAUCACACUCUAGGCACUACAUUCACUCUCAUGGGACUGACAGAUGACCCAGUGCUGGAGAAGGUCCUGUUUGGGGUGUUUCUGGUGGUCUACCUACUCACGCUGGCAGGAAACCUGUGCAUGAUUGCACUGAUCAGCACCAGUCCCCACCUGCACACUCCCAUGUACUUCUUCCUUGGCCACCUCUCCUUUGUAGACAUCUGCUAUUCCUCCAACAUCACUCCCAACAUGCUGCAUGAUUUCCUCUCAGAGGACAAGACCAUUUCCUAUGCUGGGUGCUUCACUCAGUGUCUCCUCUUCAUUGCUCUGGUGAUCACUGAGUUUUACCUCCUUGCUUCAAUGGCUUAUGACCGCUAUGUGGCCAUCUGCAACCCUCUGCUCUACACAGUCAUCAUGUCAAAAAGAGUUUGCUGGGUGCUGGUGGUAACCCCCUAUCUCUACAGCGCCUCUCUGUCUCUGGUAACCACCAUAAAAAUAUUUAUCUCCUCCUUCUGUGGCAAUAAUAUUAUUAGUCAUUUCUAUUGUGACAGUCUUCCCUUGUUAACUUUGAUUUGCUCAAAUACACAAGAGAUUGAGUUAAUAAAAUUGAUCUUUUCAGCAUUUAAUCUGGUUUCAUCUGUUCUGAUAGUCCUUAUCUCCUACAUUCUGAUCCUCCUGGCCAUCCUCAGAAUGAACUCUGCAGAGGGCAGGAGUAAAGCCUUCUCCACCUGUGGGUCUCACCUGACAGUGGUGGUUGUAUUAUACGGGACUCUAUUCUUCAUGUACGUGCAGCCCAAAUCCAGUCACUCCUUUGAUACUGACAAGAUGGCCUCUUUAUUUUACACCCUGGUGAUACCCAUGCUGAAUCCCAUGAUUUAUAGUUUAAGAAAUAAAGAGGUGAAAGGUGCCAUACAGAGGAUUUGGAAAAAUCUGUGCAAAAUUUCUAUUUAA